AUCACUUUCUGAAAUGAGUAACAGAAAACGUGCCACUACUAUUAAAACCGAAGAGGUUCUAAAUGUUGAACGUGAAAGAAGGAACAAAUUGAAGCAAAUGUUCACUCACCUCACUACCACUGUCCCUACUCUCCACCCCAAUGCUACACAGGAAGUGAUUGUGAACGAAACAAUCCAGUACAUUAAGGAACUUGAGGAAAAGAAGAAAAUUUUGGAGGAGAUGAAGGAAUCAAAAUCAAAGAAACAUGUUGAAAGGGGUUUUAAUUUGUUGGUUCCCUGUCGUAAUAGGAAUCCCAAUUGCUCUGUUACGGUUACUGGUUCAAGCAAUGUGGCUUUCUUUGGGAUUGAAUCUGUGGCUAAACCUGGGUUGAUUACUGUUAUUUUGAAGGUGUUCUUGAAGAAUGAAGCUGAGGUUUUAGCUGCUAAUGUUUCUGUUAAUGAUGGGAAUUUGAUCUUGGCAAUCACUGCUUUGGUUCAAAAUGGUGCUGUUAUUGAGAAGAUUAAGAGAGAGAUUAUGAGUUUGUAGGUUCAAUUGAUGAAUAAUUGGUUUGUUUUUCUUUGGGAUUUAAAGGUUGAUUAUAAUUAAUCAUUGUGAUUGAUGUUAAGACCAUGGUGACAUGGUACAUAUAUUGGUGGUAUACAUGUAUGCAUAUUGAUUUAUUUUUUUUUUCCUUCAAAAAAAAUGUAUGCAUAUUGAUAGUUAUGAGCAAAGAAAUUAAUUGGUGUUGAAAUGAUUUUUA